CUUCUAACAGGACUAUCUCUCCUUUCCGAGACCGUCGCCGUGAAACUGCUCGCUUCCCAUUUCUCUGGACAAAUAUAUACCCUCGAUCUGUCCUUUUCCAAUGCCACUAGCGGUGCCUUAACGAUUACUUCAAAGGCCACAGGCUGUGGUGUCACCCCUACUUGGCUGUAUCUCGACGAGAGCACUCGUAUCGUUUAUUGUUUCGACGAGAGCUGGCAAGGCAGCGGUGUCAUCACCCAAUACUCGCUCAACUCAAAAAAUGCGAGCGUUAGCGCCUUGUCUCUGACUGGGUCUGCGCCGACACCUGGAAACAGUGUCCAUGGUUCGCUCUACGGAGGACCAGAUGGAAAGAGCUUCGUGAUUACUUCUGAAUACUCCCCAUCCACUCUCACAGCGUACAAACUACCUAUAACUUCUACCACUAAGCCAAUCCAGCUACUGGAAUUUAAGAUGGACCGUCCAGGGCCAAGGCCAGACCGCCAAGAUAAACCCCAUCCACAUUCUGCAUUUACCGACCCGACGGGGGCAUUCAUGAUUGUUCCAGAUCUGGGUGCGGAUCUCACGCGCAUCUUCAAAAUCAACAAGGACACGGGGAUAUUGACGGCGUGCCCAGCCAUCUCCUCACUCCCUGGCGACGGUCCGCGUCACGGCCUUUUCAACAAAGUUGGGUCUGUCCUGAAGUACUACAGUCUCAAUGAGGUCAGCAGCUCCAUGGGCGUGUACGAUGUCGUGUACCCAAGCAACGGUGCAGACUGCCUUUCGCUCGUCUUAGUCCAGACUAUAUCCAACUACGGGCCAAGCGUUCCCCUCGGCAGCGUCACUGUCAAGUCCGCUGAGAUCCGCAUUGCAGGCAACUAUUUGUACGCGUCAAACCGCAACGAUACGUCGUUCGGUUCAGAGAAGGACUCUCUGGCCACCUUCAAGAUUGAGCCGUCUGGCUCCCUCACCUUCAUCGAGCUAGCAAACUCGUACAGUUACUACCCGCGUUCGUUCUCCAUCAACAAGGCCGGCACGUAUGUGGCUAUUGGCGGUCAGACAACGGCGAACGUUGCCAUUGUCGCUAGGGACACGGUCACUGGCAAGUUGGGCAAGUUGGUUGCUAAUCUUGUCAUUCCUCCAAGGGGAACCUAUGGUGGCGAAGAUGGCUUGAGCUCUGUGAUUUGGGAUGAAUAA